AUGUCUCCAUCUGUCGACACCAGCGAAAGCCAGGCCGAGCUCGAAAGCACCAUUCUCAAGUUGAGUGCUCUUAAGCCUCUCGGAGGAAGAGAGUACAUCAAGAGCGUCAAAUUUGGUUCUCAAGCUUCUUGGGUCGAAAGACUCCCAGAGCCAGCUCGCAAGAGAUUUGACAAAUACGGCAUUGAUUUGUCGAACGGAUAUCCAAAGGUUCCAGAGAACAAGGACAUUCCAAAGUUCGUUGAUGAAGCUUAUGAGAUCAGAAACAAGGAAUUCCCAUACAUCGAGCGUGGUAAGAACGCCGAUCCCGAGAAGAAGGCCUUGUUUGGUGCUGCGAAGAAAGUCCGGAACUUGACGAAGCACAUUGGUACUGAGAUCAUUGGUUUGCAAUUGGCUGAUUUGAACGAUCAGCAAAAGGACGAAUUGGCCCUUUUGAUCGCUGAGCGUGUCGUUGUCUUUUUCAAGAACCAGGACUUGUCUCCACAAAAACAAUUGGAGUUGGGCCACUACUGGGGUCAGGUCGAGGUUCAUGCUCAAGUUCCUCGUGUUCCAGACACCAUCGACGGUCAGAGUCUUCCUGGUAUUUCAGUGAUCUGGCAGGACUACGCCAGAGAGUUCUUCGGUCUCCCAUUGUCGUUCAAGAACAACAGCAAGGGCAACUCUCAAUGGCACACUGACUUAGUGCACGAGUUCCAGCCUGCUGGUAUCACUCACUUGCACAACGACACCAUUCCUGAAGUUGGUGGUGACACUCUUUGGGCGUCUGGUUACGCUGCUUACGACAAGUUGUCACCUGCUUUCCAAAAGUUUUUGGACGGCAAGACUGCUAUCUUCAAAUCUGCUCACCAGUACUUGGACAGAGAGAACCCAUUGAGAGGUGGUAAGCACAUUGAGAGAGAGCACCCAAUUGUGAGAACUCACCCGGCUACUGGUUGGAAGUUCUUGUUUGUCAACCGUUCCAUGACUGACCGUAUCGUUGGCUUGGAGCCAGCGGAGUCGAAGCUUAUCUUGGAGUACUUGUUCUCGGUUUACGAGAAGAACUUGGACAUCCAGGUGAGAUUCAACUGGGCCUCCGAGGAAGGCAAGGGUACCUCUGCUAUCUGGGAUAACAGAAUCUCGCAGCACAAUGCUGUUUGGGACCACGAGGGCUUGGAGCCUAGGCAUGGUACUAGAGUUACAUCCUUGGCUGAAUUGCCAUACUUUGAUCCAAACUCUAAAUCUCAGAGAGAAGCUUUGGGUUUGCCCUUGAACUAA